CGUCCUUUAGAAAGAUGGACGCAACUUUACAAAACCUUAACUAACGUUCGUUGAUGGCCUCAAAGUCCUUUCGGCUAUCUAUUUUACUCAAAUAUAAACUGAACUUUAAAACUGUAAAUGUUUAUUUCAUUUUAUUGAUUUUGUUUCAUUCCAACUUUUUCUACAUUGUAGAGUUGUUCCUAUGCACAAUAUAUUGUUUUUAUUGAUAUGCAUGAAUGUAGAAUGCAUUUAAACGGAAUUACAUGGUAAAAUUUUGUUCUUAUUCAUUGCACUUGACAACAGAUUUAGAAUCAUUAGCUAUUUUGGCUGAUAUUUUAAAUACAAUAUUGAGUAAUAAUGAAACCCCUACAAAUAGGCAAAUGAUUGUAAAAUGACUAUUUAAUCAGGCUUUUGGAAAUUAAGGAUGUUAACACGUCGUUAUAACACCGUAAUAUGCAAUAUGUAUGAAUCUCCCUAAUGUAGUAGAUGUAAGCUAUUCUUGUUAUUACAAAGAUAAUGAUUGGUAAUUAUAAUGGUCGUAAAACUACACUAAGAUAAAAAUAAAAUAAACCCUACAAAAAUGCAACUAACAAUGCAAGCAGGUUAUCUGCCUGAUAUAGAAAAGAAAUUUGACUCGAGCGUACUGUUAUAAGCUGGCAGUAGACUAAAUUUAGGGUCACGUCAAAGUAGGACACAGUCAGAAAUGUAAUGAACCUAAUGUAUGCAAUUCAACAGACAAAACAUCCGUCGACCAAAUUAAAUUCAAUGACAUGGUUUUAUUAUAAAUAGUUGGUUUACUUAUGCAGCAGUGUUGUACAAUGCUUAAAAACCAAUGACAGUCGUUGCUGUAAAUAGAUUAAUAUCGCGUUUUAGUUCUGUACGAUCUACGGUACGACUGUGAAAAUCCCUUGGUAAAAAAAAAAUGGCUGGCAGCUACUUAAAAUGUGACACUGUUCUGGACAUUCCAUACACUUCUUUUCCAGAUUUACUAAAAAGGCGAGCAGUCGAGACUCCAAAUAAAGCAGCGUGUGUUUUCUUUUACGAGAGCAAUGAACGGUACGUACUUACAUUCGGAGAUCUUUACGACAGGGCAACCAAGUUUGCAAAAGCACUGGUCCAGAUGGGAGUUAAGAGGGGUGACAUCAUCGGCGUCAGCGGUAGAAAUGUCCCAGAGUGGCUUGUGGCUUAUUUUGGGGUACAUAUGGCGGGCGGGUGUUCCCUGUGUUUGCCAUUUCAGCAUAACGAAACACAAAUCAUAGCAUUGUUAAAAAGUAUCGGAGAUGUGAAACUACUGAUUAUAGAUGCAGGUACCGGAGGACAAAACUGUCAAUAUGUAAAGAACAUAAUUGACGAGAGUCUUGAAUCUGGAGACUUAGAUUCGGGGAAGGUUUUGGGGUUACAGCAAGUUAUUCUUUUAAACCACAACGAGGGUUUGCCCUCUCUCCACAACGUUGUGGAUAUGUGUUCCCGAGAUGUUGGCGUGGAUCUCCCAAGGAUAGACCCGGAGGCCAUGGCGAUUAUUUUGCUGUCCUCGGGCAGCACGGGUCUCCCUAAAGCCAUACCGUACUCACACAAUGCCUUAGUUAUCUUCGCCUGUCAUUGUGUUAAUGUAUACCAAACAAAUAACGAGGACGCGGUAUUUUACAAUGACAGGGCCUUUUUCUGGGCAGCAGGGCACCCGUGCUGGGAAAUCGGCGGUGGGAAAACCCGAGUUACAAUGACCAAUGCAUUACAUACGUCCUCUAUGGCUGAUGCAGUUGAAACAGCAUGUAAGAUAAUGACGAAAGAGAAAGCAACACAAGCAUAUUUAGUUCCAUCUGUGCUGGAUUUGAUUAUAAAGAACGGUUUCCCUUUGAAGAUACAGAGAAUAAGUACAGGAAGCAUGGUGGUUAAGUCCUCAAUGUUGGAAUGUGUUGGUCAAAUUUGUGAUGAAUUUCAAAAUAUAUACGGUACCACGGAAUUGGCACUUAUAGGAUCCAGAAUUUACACCGUAGACGACAAGCCACUUGUGAACCAGGGGGUCGUCAGUUGUCGGCCUGACCCCGGGGUCGAGGUGAAAGUCACCGAUGACGAGGGGUUCGUACAACCGAUCGGUCAACGCGGGAAGAUAUGGAUCCGGACCAUCAGGAGAUUCACGGGGUACCUCAAUCACACAUUUUCUCCCGAACUAACAGAGUACAUCAUACGAAGUGGAUGGUUCAGCCAUGAUGACGGUGGGUACAUCACAAAGGACAACUCUUUGAUCAUUGAGGGACGGAACCAAGAAAUGAUUGAAGUGCUCGGCAGGAAGAUAUAUCCUAUAGAGAUCGAGGACGUCAUUAAGUCAAAGAGCAAUGUCAUCGCGGCCAUUGUGGUUCCGAUAAAGGAGAGAGAAACCGGGCACUUUGUUCCCAGCGCCGCCGUGGUUUAUCGACCCCAGGGUGAGGACUCGGUGGAGAGUAUGCAGCGGUACCUCAGAAAGCAGUUCAAUAUCUCGGCUGAAGACCAUUUAAACGAAUACUUGUACGUCCCAUCCGUUAUCAUCAGCGUCAAAGAGUUUCCGAUAUUGGCCAAUGGUAAGCCAAAUCGCAAGGCCGUCAGCCAGCUCAUCUUUGAUAAAAUUGAUAGCAAAAGAUACGAUACUUCAUAAAAGUAUGGACACAAUUAUUGCUAAAAUCUUGUUAUUUCUAACAUCACUCAGAACAAUUUUUUUUUUGAUAUGGCCAUGUAGGACGAGGUACUUACCCACAUGAAUUGAGGAUAAUUAAACCGGUUGAAUGUGAUAUUGGUAUUUGGCUGAGCGUUGAAAUAGUGCACAUCAAUUUUUAUGGAAUUAAAGUUCUCCAUUUAAGUAUAUAAACAGAACUUUUGACAGCAUUUCGAAAGUUGUUAUUUAUAAGCAAUAUUCAUUUUCCGCUCAUGCACGCAAACUUCAUGUAUUAAUCAACAAUUGUCUUUUUCACACAGCGCGUAUGAAGAAACUAAAGAACUACUUUAUAGGACAUUGGAGGUUCAUAAUACAUGUAUAUAUAUAUUUAAGGAAGGGAAAUGACAUGUUACUGGGGUUUUUUUUGUUUAAACAAUAUACAAUUGUUAUUGAUAUGGAAAUAGCAAGGUCCAAAAUGUCGCAAAAAUGUUAAGUAUGAGAAAUGUAUCAAAUAUUAAGGUUUAUCAUGAGAACGUGUUUCAACUAAUAAAUUUUACCAACAAAUCUGUGCUUAUGCAUGUAUGUAAUAUUUUAAGAUACAUAAUUAACAUGUACCUCUUGUUUGAAAACACUUUAUAUCAAUUGUUCAAUUUCAAAGAAUGUAUUUGAAUAUCUAGUAAGUGAUUAAAUAAAUUUGAUGUCUCAAGAUGAAA